AUGCCAUCAACGCAGGCUGCCGACGACGUGCGCGCGGAGCUCGAACGCGAAGAAGAGCUCGAUCUUGUGGAUCCAUUACGCCACUUUCUCGCCGUGGACGACGACGAACAAGGACAGCUCCACGAUGCAACGCAUUCUGCUUCUCACAAGACCGCAGAUGUGCGUGAGCCUGGCUCGAACACCAAGUACCGCAUUGUGCCACACCAAAUCGAAAGCAUCAUCGAUCGGCGUACCUCGAUCCGGUACUACUGCGAUCUGUCACGUCGACCGGAGCUGAUCGAUGACGCGGUUCAGUCGGACGCACAUCUAGAGAAUGUGCGCUGGUGGGAUGUACAUCUGAAGCUCGACAUGACGAGUGGAUGUGGUGGCAAAAUCUGGCCCGCAGCUGAAGUGCUCGGUGCUUACAUAGCUGGUAAAUACUCGUGCCCCGCUGACGCUCCAGAGGACCGCACACCAACGUCGAACCAGCGGUUCAACAAUCACAACUUCGACUGGCGCAACAAGAGCAUCAUUGAGCUCGGUUCAGGCACUGGACUGGUUGGCUACCUUGUUCACGCACUCGGCCUCUCGAACUGCCGAAUCUGGGUCACGGAUCAAGACGUCAUGCUCCCACUGAUGCGAGACAACCUCGCACUCAACUUCCACCUGGAUCCCAACUCGCCUUGCUCCUCGAUCGCUUACAGCCCCGACCAAUCAGGCUUCGUCCAAGUAGCAGAGCUCAAUUGGGGCCAACGUCUCCCCGAAUUCGCCACCACGCAUCCUCCAGACGUGUUGCUGCUGGCUGACUGCGUCUACCUCGAAUCUGCCUUCCAACCGCUGAUCGAUACCAUGGUCCAUCUUUCGACCCAGCGAACCGAGAUCCUGUUUUGCUACCAAAAGCGCAGGAAGGCCGAUAAACGCUUUUUUGCUCUGCUCAAGAGGAGUUUCGUUUUCGAAAAUGUCCAAGACGACGAUGCGGACAGAUGUAGAGAGUACCAGAGACAGGGGACGCAGUUGUUGAGGAUCAGGAAAAAGUGA